AUGCUCUCACGUGUUGCUGCAGUGAAGGCACCCCGCACACACAACCGUCGCCGCGUGACCGGAUCCAGCGGAGGCAGGAGGGAAGGAAGAGAGAGUGAGCCGCAGAGGCCCAACAUGUCCCGGCAUCUCUUCUACUCUGCGGUGCUACUUCUCCUCGUCGUGAUGAUGUGCUGCGGCACCGGUGGAGCUGCAUCCAGUAAGGACGUGCCGUCAGCUCCGGGAUCUUCAAAGGAGGAACGUUAUGUUUGGAGAGACGUGAAAGAUGGAGAAACAGUGAGUUCGCUCCGUGUUCCCAGUCUUGUUGAGAUGGAUGGCGAAGUGUUUGCCGUUGCCGAGGCGCAGUGCACGGAAGCCGGCAAGAACGGCUUUACUGGGAUUGCCUCGGAGCUCCUGGUAUCGGCUGAUCAAGAAAGCCUAAAAGGGGAGUUGGAUACAACUGCAGUAAAGACACAAGUGCUGGAGGAAUGUCCAUCCGAUAACGCGAAUCGUGCCUGCCGUAUAGCAGAUCAGGCUGUCUCCCAAGGAGUGAAGAGGGUACAUGUGAGCCGACCGACAACAGUUGUGAAGGGAAGUGAUAUUUACAUGCUUGCUGGAAACUACAGUUGGACACUUAACGCUGCUGAUCAGGCAGCCGACUGGGGACUCAUGCUGGUGAAAGGGAACGUCAGUAAGAAGGAUGGCGAAAAGAACAGAAUUUAUUGGAGUGACAAUUACGUUAUCCCGUGGAGUCAUAAAGACAAUCAAAAAGAACCCUUGAAACGACUGGUUGGCAGCGGUGGAUCGGGCGUUAAGAUGGAGGACGGUACGCUUGUGUUUCCGCUGGAAGGCACGAAGAAGGGAAAGAAGGAGAAAAAGGACGCAGAAGAGGAUGGAAAGACCGUUUCGCUGAUCAUACGCUCCUCGGAUGCUGCGGGUUGGACGCUGUCGAAGGGGAUGUCUGCCGAUGGCUGCAGCGAUCCCUCCGUCGUGGAGUGGAAGGACAAAAAACUCAUGAUGAUGACUGCGUGUGAUGAUGGCCGCCGCAGGGUGUACGAGUCCGGAGACAAGGGAGAUUCGUGGACGGAGGCUCUCGGGACACUCUCGCGCGUGUGGGGCAGCAAAAAGGUCGGAAGCGAGAAGGCCGUUAGGAGCGGUUUCAUCACAGCGAAGAUUGAGGACAGGGAUGUGAUGCUCGUUACUCUGCCGGUGUAUGCCAAUAAAGGAGAAAAGGAAGGAGAAAAGGGCAGACUCCAUCUUUGGCUGACGGACAAUACGCACAUUGUUGAUAUUGGGCCGGUAUCCGUGGAAGGAGACGAUGAGGUUGCAGCCAGCUCCCUGUUGUACAAAAGUGGAGAUAAUAAUGAGUUGAUUGCACUGUACGAGAAGAAGAAGGGCGAAGGGGAGAAACCAUCCGGUAUGGUGUCUGUGCGUCUGACUGCGCAGCUGGAGAAGGUGAAGGAGGUGCUGAAGACGUGGAAGAAAGUGGACGAAAUUGUCUCCAAGCUGUGCACCACUUCACUUGCUCUGAAGGAUCCCUCAGCUGACAAUGCCUGCAGCGCUGAUAAGAUCACGGAUGGUCUGGUUGGCUUUUUGUCCGGCAGCUUCUCUGGUGACACAUGGAGGGACGAGUACCUCGGAGUGAACGCCACAGUAAAUAAAGGAACGGAAUUAACAGAGGCAACCGGGGCCGCAAAGGCGGAAGAUGGCGUGACCUUCCAUGGAGCGUGGGCGGAGUGGCCUGUUGGCAGUCAGGGGCAGAAUCAGCUGUACCACUUUGCGAACUACAACUUCACUCUUGUGGCGACGGUGUCCAUCGACGGUGUGCCGGAGGGAGAUAACACUAUUCCAGUGAUGGGUGUGCAGAUGAAGGGUGCAGGGAAUUCUGUAUUCUUGGGACUGUCGUACGACAGCGAAAAGAAGUGGCAGUUGCGGUGCGGUGAAAGAACGAACGAGGAGCUCAGAAGCAUUGGGAGACCGGAGACAAAACGCCACGUGGUGCUUUUGCUACGGAACGGCAACCAUGGCACCGCGUACGUCGAUGGUCAGCGUGUGGGGAAUGAAGAAUGUGAAUUGGGAGACACGGAAUCGAAAGGCAUCUCACACUUCUACAUUGGAGGGGAUGGAGGCAGCGCAGAGAACACAGAAAGUCGAGAAGGCGCGCCUGUGACUGUGAAGAACGUCCUGCUGUACAACCGCCCGUUGAGCUCCGAAGUGAUUGGCGUCCUUAACCCGAAUAAAGUCACCAUUCAACUGUUGAAGGAUAAGUCGUCGGAGCCUUCACCAGUUUCUUCUGAUUCCGUUAAUCCUAACACCUCUCCGGCUACCGCAGAUGCUCAGCAAACCGGAACUUUGUCUACUCCUGACGGAAAACAUCUGACGGAACAGGGACAAUCGAUGGGGACCAGUGGUGCGGGCAGUGGCGGUGCAUCCACAACAGCAGUGUCCACUAUAACUACUCCUUCAGCAGGAGAGGAGUCCGUAGUGCAGUCGGCUUCAGGAACAUCUUCUGAUGGACAUAAAAAUGUGGGUGGCGGUUCUACUGCUGAUGGCGACCCAACGGUGGAGACAAGGGAAGGAGGAACGAAUGGGCAGGAGGAGGAGGUUAAUACGCAGAUCAGGGAAGUAAAUGCUACGGCACUCAGCAGCAGCCUCGGAAAUGUGUCGCAAGAAAAUAACAGCGAUGCCGGCACCAUGCGUGGGAGCGGACUGUUGCCAUCGCUUCUGCUUCUGUUGGGACUGUGGUGGUUUGCCGCUCUGUGA